UUCUUCUUCUUCUCUGUUGCGACGAAGAACAAAAAAAAGGGCUUCUUCUCUUCUCUCCUCUCCUUCUUCUUCUCUGUUGAUUCAAAAAAAAAUUCUUCGGAUCUGGGUUUCUCUCUUUCAAUCAUCCUUCAAGCUCAUCUCUUUCUUCAACCCUAGAACGAAAGUCUCCUCCUUUAUUAAUGGGUUGCGUUAGUAGUAAACACCGGAAAACUCAAAACGACGGUGGAGAAAGAACAAUUCCGAUCAAUCCAGUUCAAACCCAUGUCGUUAAUCAAGUCCCUGAGCAUUGUAAACCUCAAAUCCUAACACCCAAACCCAUGAAACAAGCAAUCCUUCAACAGAUUUCAACGCCGUCUUCAAACCCAAUCUCAGUUCGAGAUCCAGAUACGAUUUUAGGUCUAUUGUCAAUGUUUGGUAGUCGACAGUAUGGAGCAGGAGUUGAUGUCUGGGCUGCAGGCUGUAUCUUUGCUGAGCUAUUACUUCGUAGACCAUUUCUUCCGGGUUCUACUGAGAUUGAUCAACUUAGGAAGAUCUUUCAAGCCUUUGGAACUCCAGUACCUUCUCAAUGGUAUGACAUGAUCUAUCUCCCAGACUACAUGGAAUUUCUUUGUCUUGGUAACAAAAGAUGUUGCAUGCUUUUUGCAGACAAUCAUUUAUUAUGCACUUGCUGUAACUCAUGACAUCAUGGGCUGUUGUGUGUGAAGUGUGGUACUUGGAACCUCAAACCAUAAGGCCCGGUGAAACAGGGAUUGAGUUUGCAGAGAGGUGAAACACUCUUCUUUUAGACCUUCAUCAGAGAAGUCAUAUACUAAGAAGUUUGCAUGCACUUUAUUUACUUGUGACAGGGUAAGAGACAUGAUAUCUCUUCGGGCGGGUCUCAAAAAGGUCCCUUGGGAUGGAUACUGUCAUUAUUCUUUCUAGCUGAAUCUCUGAAGAAUUUUCAGUAGCAUGGUUCUUGGUUUAAUGCAUGUGUGGUUAAAUUAAAACUUUGCUGCAUGUAAUUCAGGAAGCGUUUUGUUUAUAGAGAAAGAGUGGAUGUUUGUAGAUUUUGUGACUACAACUAGUUAUUUAUGUCAUGUCGUCACUUUUUAAUGUUA